CGCGCGGAACUAGAGGAGGGACCUGCGAGGCCGCCAGAGUCGGGCGAGCCCGGCGGCGCAGGACUCCAACCCGCCCUGCCCUGCCCUGCCCUGGCCGCCUGGCGCGGCGGCGCGAUGUGAGGCGCCGAGGGCCGCAGGUCCGCCCGCACGGCCCGCCAGCCCGGGGACCCGCGCCGGGAACACCGAGCAGCCGCAGGCCAGGACCCGCUCUGCUCUGCUCCCUGCCGGAGCCCUGCACAUACCUGGCUCACGCCCCUCUGCCCAGGCUCUAGGACACAAUGGCGGCCAAGCAGCCCCCACCUCUCAUGAAGAAGCACAGCCAGACGGACCUCGUGAGCCGCCUGAAGACCCGGAAGAUCCUGGGCGUGGGCGGGGAGGACGACGACGGCGAGGUGCACCGCUCCAAGAUCAGCCAGGUCCUCGGCAAUGAGAUCAAGUUUACCGUCAGAGAGCCCCUGGGGCUCAGGGUCUGGCAGUUUGUGUCUGCUGUGCUGUUCUCUGGCAUUGCCCUCAUGGCCCUGGCCUUUCCUGAUCAGCUCUACGAUGCUGUCUUCGAUGGAGCUGAGGUCACCAGCAAGACCCCCAUCCGCCUCUACGGGGGUGCCCUUCUCAGCAUCUCCCUGAUCAUGUGGAAUGCGCUCUACACGGCCGAGAAGGUCAUCAUCCGGUGGACGCUGCUCACAGAAGCCUGCUACUUUGGGGUUCAGUUUGUGGUGGUCACUGCCACACUGGCUGAGACAGGUCUGGUGUCACUGGGGACCCUGGUGCUCCUGGCCAGCCGCCUCCUGUUCGUGGUCAUCAGCAUUUACUACUAUUACCAAGUUGGCCGGAAGCCCAAGAAAGUGUAGCAGGUCUGGGACCUGAGCAUGCUGGGCCGGGCCAGCUCUGGGGCACGUUCCCCCUCGACUCCUGGAAGGCGGCCCUCUCCCCCAUCCUGCCACAGUGCCCUCAGGCAGGCGGGGUGAACCCCUUCCUUCCUGACCCCCUCCCUAGGGCUGUGCCUCCUGGGCUCCUACGCUGACAGGUCAGUUGGGGAGACGGGCACCUGUAUUCUUCUUCUUUAUUCCACAGAGAACACCCCCUUUUCUGGGCUCCUGGCCUCCUGCACAGGUCCUGAUUGGGAAGUGGAGUCCAGGGAUGUGGGCUGAGCCAAGGGGCUCCCCUCUUCCACUAGGAAGCCCUCCUCUCUUGUGAGAGCCUGCAGACCCCCACCCAGCACAACCUGAGAACAUGGCUGUGAUCCCCCCGAACCCCUCCCCCACAGCCAGGGCCUCCCCAUGUGUGAGGUCACUGCACACAAAGCACACGGGCACCUGCCCUUCCCUUGCCUGGCAGAGGUUGCAGUUGGCGCCUUCCUGGACCUUUCUGGAGGUGGGGCCACCUGCACAGACUUCCUACCCCACCCAGGUCCUUCCCCUACCGGUCUGGGUGCAGAGGUUCCCAGCCUCCGACUCUGCAAAGGGACACACAGCAGUGGGGGUAGUGGGUGUGGGGGCUGACAGGUGAAUUUGGAGAUGAGGAAGAAAAGCAGUUGUGUCCCUUGGCACAUCCUCCAAGGCCUGGUUCCUACCCGGCGGCCUGCCCCUGCCUGGGAGCCGUCCCCAAGGCCUAGAUGGGCAGAGAUUUGUGCCCUCAAAUUGUACAGGAGGAUAAAUAGAGGCAAUUCAGCCAGUCACUUCUGUCAUCACCCCUUACCCAAGACAUGGGGACCAGAAAGGGACUGUCCCCAUCUGCAGCCAGUGACUUGUGCGUCCAGCAGAGGGGUGGCUCUGCCAUGAUCACAUGGCUGAGAAGCCAACAGCAGCCAAGCUGCAUGCGAGCCCUCCUGCCUGGUGUCCCACAUUUGACGCUUGCCCCUGGAGCCCCGUCCCCCUCUGCAGAGCCUGGGGCGGGCAGGAGCCACUGCCUCUGGGGCAGCCAAAGCCCCAGCCCCCACGGCACCAGGCCUUGAGGCCCUGCCGCUCCUCAGUGGGGUGCCAUGUGGCUCUCGCUGGGCAUGCUGGUAGGUUCCCAGGGUAGCAGCCACACAUGGGGUGUCGGCAUGGCUGAGCUGGCCAGUCCCACACCUGCUCUGAGCAGAAGGGUGUUACAGCCUCAGCAUCUGGGGCCAGGACAGGACCCUGCUGCACAGCUGGGAAUCACACAAGGCCUGGCAGAUGUGUGGGGGUGUGGACAUUGGCAUGGAGGACUGGGAAGAAGGCAGUGACAGAGAGGAUGGGACACCCCGUGCCUAGUGAGAAAAGCCAGGCAGGCCCCAAUCUGCUGCUGCGCUUGGGGGUCUCUGGCUGGCCCCUCCCCGUGGAGCCAAUACCCUGUCCAGCUUCCCCCUCUGCUCGGGCCACCCCACUCCUGAGUCAGGACCAUCUUUAUUCACGGUCACUAUUUAUUCUUCAUUCCUCCUUUUUGUAAGAAACAGUCACAAAAACCAGUGCAAAACCA